AAUCAGUGUUUACAUCAAGUAUCAGAUUAUAGACCCCAUGUAUGUUAUAAUUGGUGUCUACAUCAAGUAUCAGAUUAUAGACCCCAGGUAUGUUAUAAUCAGUGUUUACAUCAAGCAUCAGAUUAUAGACCCCAGGUAAAUUAUAAUCAGUGUUUACAUCAAGCAUCAGAUUAUAGACCCCAGGUAUAUUAUAAUCAGUGUUUACAUCAAGCAUCAGAUUAUAGAUCCCAGGUAUAUUAUAAUCAGUGUUUACAUCAAGCAUCAGAUUAUAGACCCCGGGUAUGUUAUAAUCAGUGUUUACAUCAAGUAUCAGAUUAUAGACCCCAGGUAUGUUAUAAUCAGUGUCUACAUCAAGUAUCAGAUUAUAGACCCCAGGUAUGUUAUAAUCAGUGUUUACAUCAAGUAUCAGAUUAUAGACCCCAGGUAUGUUAUAAUCGGUGUCUACAUCAGGUAUCAGAUUAUAGACCCAAGUGA